ACUCGUACCCUUCGAUGUGAAUCUAUCGCAAUAGCCAACAUGCAAAAUGGAGCAGGAAGACAAUGAUUGUGAAUGGGAUGUGGGGGCAGAUAGCUGUGAAGUCAACACUGACGACCUUAAUGCAAAUGAGGACAUCGAUGGCAAGGAAGAGGAUGAUUUUAAGACUGAUGACUUUAAGGAUGAAGAAGCAGAAGAGCUUCCUGAUCUUGAAUGGUUAGAAGAGUUGUCCCAGGACAAUGAUAGUGAUGGUGACCUUGUGGCUGAGCAAGCAGACGUGAAAGAGAUGACUUAUGUAGAGACAGCACGGAUGUUCAAGCUGAGACGGAACCUGGACCAGCUGGACAAUUUCCAGAGACAGCGGGAGUGUGCCCUCUUGAAAGCCAGAGAGGACCUUAACCUCUUACAUCAGAGCAUUCAGAGUCUACAGGAGCAGCGGGAUGUCUUGGAGCACGAAAUAGAACGUCAGGAAGCAGCAGAAAACAACGCGGUACUUAAUCGUUUGCGGGCUCAGCAUAAGAAUCUGUGUUCCACGCUGCAAAGGGAAGAGGAGAUGGAAGCCCACACCAACAAUGAGCUCAGGCACCAGGAGCUUGAGCUGAGUGAGGUGGGGUUGGAGGUUGAAAAGUUCUCCAUGCUGCGGCAGGAGGUGCAGGAAGACGAGCGGGUCUUCAAGGUCCUCAAAGCCCAGAAGGCGGUGAAAAGACUGCAACAGGAAAGGAAAAACAACCAAACCCUGCAGCAAAAGCAUGUACUUCUCAAGAAAAAACAGGCAGACAUGCUGGAGAAAGAAGAGACUUUGUGUCGGAAAAAAAUAGAAGAGGUCCACACGAACCACAAUAUUGCAGCCAAGCACUUGAAGGAGACCAUCAGAAGGAUAUGGCAGCAAGAGGCUGUGAGAGAGCAGCAGAGGAAAGAGGCCCUGGAAAAGAGAAUACAGGCUGUGAAGCACCUUAAAUCUAACAUAGAAGCAAACCAAGAGAACUUACGGGUCAGACAAAGCAGAGCCAAAGCAAAGACCCUGAAGAAAGAAUGUCAACAGAACCGGCUGAAAGAAUCCCUGCAGGCCCAAGGCUUUAACAGUACCAAGCACAUGUUUCAACAGAAACGAGAGGAGGAGAUAAAAAGAAAGCAAGAGGAAUUCAAGGAGAGACAGAAGGCAAAGAGAGUCGAGAUUGUGGACAAGAUCCUUAUGGAGGAGCAGGUGCUGAAGAGUAGAAAAGCUCAGCAGGCACCACUGCCAAAAUCCCGCACUGGUCAAACCACCCUUUCUCCAGGCAGGAUAAGAGAGAAGCUCCUGCGUUACCUGGAUUGCACAUCACAGACAGGCGCAGAGAGAGAGGCAACAUUGAGAAACAUCAGUGUAAGCAGCGGCUCAUCAUUAGAGUCACAGUACCAGGAAAACAUCAUCCAAAAGGGAAUGCUAAACCUGAGCCUUCCUGACAGCCUGGAGGAGCCUGAAUUCUGUGGGCUGUGGGACCAGAACUACAAGCUCCCUUUGAAUCAGAAAAGAGUGUUGGCGGCAACAGUUCUGAAACAAGAAAAACCUACAGUGGCCAGCCCAAAGCUUAGCAUAACAUCCAAAAAACUUGGUGCAAAAGAGUUAAAAGGGCCUUCAUUUAGCAGUAAGCCAGAAGUCAUCCUGUUCAAGGACUUUGAAGUGGGGGAAACUUACAAAAAGAAAGUCAUUCUGACUAACAUCAGCUACAUAACGAAUCACUGCAAGCUCCUUGGGGUCUCUGCUCAACUGCAGGAUUUUAUCUUGAUCAACUUUCAACCUCCUGGUCCAUUAUCUACUGGGAUGUCCUGUGAAAUGCAUGUUACUUUCCACCCUUCGCUCAAUGAGGAAGUGGAAGGAGAAGUCCUGUUUGCAUCAGCAGCAGGUCGCUUUUCUGUGCCUGUCAGAUGCACCAUAAAGAGAUGUGACCUGGAGGUCGACAGCCAGUUUAUCGACUUUGGUUUGCAUGUUGUGGGCCAGACUAUUUCAAGGACUAUCACCUUGACCAACAAGGGUGCGCUGGCAACCUACUUCAGCCUGGACACCACAAUGCCUAUUUCAGAAACUCACCAGGUCCAGAUGCCAUCCCAGCUCUCUGCCAGCACAUGCCAGGAAACCUUUACACAACCUGUUACAACUAUUACAACAUGUGAUGAUCUGACCAAGAGCUCUACUUCCAUGGCCACCAGAGAACCACAAAAAAUGGAUCAUGUUUCAGAUGGGUCCACGGUAUCCCAGAAAUGCCAACAAGAGUCACAGCUUCUUGCUGCAGAUCCAAGAGCUACUGAGACGUGUGUGUCUUCUAGCAUGGACGCUCAGAUUGAAGAGAACAUGUCUGAUUCCUGUGACAUAACUAUUGGGAACGUAAGAGAAGGGGAGAUUGGACCUUUUGAGACCGUCAAACUGGAGCUUAUAUUCUCCCCGACUGUUCCUGGAGAAGUGACAUUAAACCUGUACAUGAUGUUUUCAGAUCCCACCAGCAACCCAAUUCCCAUCCAGGUGAAGGGUGAAGGAGUUGGCCUUCCCGUGUGGGUGGUGGACCCAAACAUUGACCUGAAGAUCUGCAUGUUUGACCGCCUUUAUCAAGAUGUUGUCACGCUCCAAAGCAGCACCAGUGCAGCCUUGAAGCUGACCUUUAACCUGUGCCCAGAGAUGAGAAAGCACAUAGAUAUCCUACCAAGGACAGGUUUCCUCCAGGCUCAGUCAAGCUUCACAGCUCACCUCAAGUUUGUGCCAAGACAGUCCUUAUCCCAAGAUGCCAGCAAGUAUUUUGACAGUGCAACAGGAGUCCUGGAGGUUCCGAUGACCGUGCAAGUUGCAGGGCAGGUGCAUCCUGUCAUUUACACCAUCCAAGCAAUCGUGACAUCCUCUGACUUGAAGUUUGACCAGCUUGAGGUGGACUUUGGCUACUGUUCUAUUUACCAAUCCAUCAAGAGCAGUGUACGCCUGACUAACAUGUCCCUGUUACCUCAAGAGUUUGGCUUUGUGGCCAUUCCAGAGUGUGUCGAAGUCCAACCAAAUGAUGGCUUUGGCACUCUCCUCCCACAAGAAACGCUGGAGAUUGAUGUCAUUUUCAGCGCCAGCAAAGCCAAAGAGUACCGUUUCCAUCUUAGCUGCAAGUCUGGAAUUAACAGGGUUUUCCCCCUGGCUUGCCGUGCCAUGGGUGUGUGCCCUCCCUUGGAGCUUUCUCAUUAUCUGGUCCAGUUUGGGCCCACGGCAGUCGGCGACCACUCCACCGCGCUUCUGUACCUCACUUAUAGCCAAACUGGACAAAAGCUGUCUCAACAACCUGUGUGUGCCGAGGGAAGACUGUUCUCCUUCACCCCAUCUCGGGGCUCCAGUUUCAAGAUCUCUCCUGCUGCAGGGCGUCUGCUACCUGGAGAGAGAUGUCUGGUCCAUGUGACCUUCAGACCCAAACUGGAAGACGAGGACAUCAAGGAAGAGGCUGAACGUCUCCUCCUCAAAGCCAAGCAGCUCACUGAGGAGGAAAAACUCUUUGACGAUGAGACUAAAAAGGAGAGCAUCGUGGAUGGCAGCAAAGGGAGAAAAUUGUCUAAAAGCAGCAAGCUGUCAGACACAUCCAAAACUGUGAGCCCAAUAGAAACACCACCUCCUGACAACAUAGAAGCAGGAUCUCAGAAGUUUGAGGAGGCAAGGACGUCUUUGCUGCAUUCCUUCACCCCACGCUACAAUGAGUACACUAUCUCCUGCUUUGUGUCAGAUGGCGACCCCCCAGCGGAAGAUCGGCAGGUUCAGCCAACAUGGAGUCCUCUCAAUACACUCUACUUGAAGCUGCAGUGUCCUGCUAUACAGCCUCCUCUAGUGGUGACAUCCAACAACAUCAGAAAUUAUGCCUUAGAUUUCCAGCAAGUGGCAGUAGGAGAGAGAGUGAUUAAAAAAGUUGGAGUCCAGAACAUUUCAGAGGAAUCUUUGGAGCUAAGGUCAUCAUUGCUGGAUAUAUACGGCCCCUUUUCACUUCUUAAUUCUCUCAGAGUCAUAACACCUGGAGAUAACCACGUUCUGGUAUUGGCCUUCUGUCCAACGCUGGAAAAAAGGUACUGCGAGACUUUGGAGGUGCGUUGUCAGAAGAUGACUCUGGCCCUGACUCUGCAUGGAGAGGGUGUGUUUCCUGCUAUCACCUGCUCCCACUCUGGAGGUGUCCUUGACUUUGGCUGUGUGCUAGAGAAGGAGAGCACCUCACAAGUCCUGAAGCUACAGAAUAGCUCGGAUGUUGCAGUUGGUUUCAAAGCGCUGUUGUACAGCCUCUUGCCCUCCGAAACACAGGGCGCUGAUGAAAAAGUGGCCUUACUUUUGGGUGGUUACACGGACUCCAAGAUCCAGCCUGUAGUGGGGACCCAAAACUACAACGGACUAAGUGUUUUCGGUGUUGUGCCUGUGGAGGGAAGCAUUGCUGCAAGACAAAGCCAGGACAUGGUUGUCACCUUUCACCCCGAUCACUCCUCUGUCAACUAUUCUGAUCGACUCACCAUUGAGCUCGCCAAUAAAAGUAAGCUGUGUGCUCUGGAACUAAAAGGUGCAGCAUCUUCACAUAACACGUAUUUACAAGGAGGAGACCCUUUGACUGUUCCUGUUGAAUCCCUCCUUCCUCCACUAAUAACUAGUCCACUUUAUCCUGCAGUGCAGUUAGCGGAGAUGGAAAACCCUGUGCUGGUUUCGUUGCAUGCCAGCUACAACAUGGGGGCCAUCAGACCUGCAGUCAGGGAGCUGAGUGUAGGCUGCAUCCGGACCAGUAAGAAGGGCAGUGAAUUUCACUGGGACAACCUGGCACCCCUGCAGCAGAAGGGCUUCACUGUGGAGCCCAGCAAAGGCUACGUUGAGGCGGGCAACAAACGUACCAUCACAAUUACGUGGACCCCUCAGAGUGGACACAAGCCAAAUGAAGUGGUGCAGAUGUGUGUGCCUCUCACAGUAAAGGGUGAUGAGAUGAAGGUGUACAACGUCACCUUCAUGGCUUUAGUGUCCACAUCUGUGGACUGAUUCCAUAAGAC